AUGAGCAUACAAAGAACGUCUACAUCUUUCUCGGCUUUAACUCCUCAGUGGAAAUAUGAUGUUUUUCUGAGCUUUAGAGGCGAGGAUACUCGAAAGGCUUUUACAGACCAUUUAUACACUGCAUUGGAUCAUCAAGGAAUCACAACUUUCAGGGAUGAUCCUGAGCUUCACAAAGGGCAAGCCAUUUCUCUAGCACUUUUUGCUGCAAUUGAAGAAUCAAGAUUUGCUCUCAUUGUUCUCUCAAAAAACUAUGCAUCGUCAACAUGGUGCAUGGAUGAACUUACAAGAAUUCUUGAAUGCAUGAAAGCAAGAGAAACUGUGCUGCCAAUUUUCUAUGAUGUUGAUCCCUCUGACGUACGAAAGCAAACAGGGAGUUUUAGAGAAGCCUUUGCUAACCAUGAAGAAAGGUUUAGGGAUGACAAAGAGAAAGUGCGAAGCUGGAGAUCUGCUUUAACUGAAGUGGCAAGUUUCUCUGGGUGGAAUUCAAAGGAGUGGCAGAUCUAA